UGUGCAAAGUCUAGACCGGUAACCACCCAUCUCUGAAGAUGCACAGGAUAAGAGGCCUGUCUGACCCUGGGACUUUGCUCCACUCCCGGCCUGAGCUGUCUGUGCCACCUUUUCGUCUGAGAGCCGGUCAUGGGACACUCAGCUGUCCUCCUCUCUGUGGCUCUGGCCAUCCUCCCGGCUUGUGUCACUGGGGCCCCUGUCCAGAGGCAACAGAAGCUACUCCUUGUGUCCUUUGAUGGCUUCCGCUGGGACUAUGAUCAAGACGUGGACACCCCCAACCUGGACUCCAUGGCUCAGGAAGGGGUGAAAGCUCAGUAUAUGACGCCUGCCUUUGUCACUAUGACUAGCCCCUGCCACUUUACACUGGUCACCGGCAAAUACAUCGAGAACCAUGGGGUGGUCCACAACAUGUUCUACAAUACCACCAGCACGGUGAGGCUGCCCUACCACGCCACGCUCGGUAUCCAGAGGUGGUGGGACAAUGGUAGCAUACCCAUCUGGAUCACAGCCCAAAGGCAGGGCUUAAAAACCGGCUCCUUCUUCUAUCCCGGUGGGAACGUCACCUACCAAGGAGAGGCAGUGACAAUGAGCCGGAAGGAGGGCGUCUUACACAAUUACAAAAACGAGACGGAGUGGAGGGAGAAUGUGGACACAGUAAUGAAGUGGUUCACGGAGGAGGACGUGGCCCUCGUCACUCUCUACUUUGGGGAGCCAGACUCCACUGGCCACAAGUAUGGUCCUGAGUCCCAGGAGAGGAAGGACAUGGUGAAACAGGUAGACAGGACGGUGGGCUACCUCCGGGACAGCAUCAGGUACCACAAGCUCACGGACAGUCUCAACCUGAUCAUCACCUCGGACCACGGCAUGACAACUGUCAACAAGAAGGCCAGCGACCUAGUUGAGUUCCACAAGUUCCCCAACUUCACGUUCCAGGACAUCCAGUUCGAGCUGUUAGACUAUGGGCCUAAUGGGAUGCUGAUCCCCGAGGAAGGAAUGUUGGAGAAGGUUUACAACGUCCUGAAGGACGCCCACCCCAGGCUGCACGUGUACAAGAAGGAGGACUUCCCGAAGACCUUUCACUACGCCAACAACCCCAGGAUCACAUCCCUGCUCAUGUACAGCGACCUCGGCUACGUCAUCCACGGGAGAGUGAGUGUCCAGUUCAACAGUGGUGAACAUGGCUUCGACAACGAAGAAAUGGACAUGAAGACCAUCUUCCGGGCUGUGGGUCCCAGCUUCAAGGCAGGCUUGGAGGUGGAACCCUUUGAGAGUGUCCACGUGUAUGAGCUCAUGUGCCAGCUGCUGGGCAUUGUGCCUGAGCCCAACGACGGGCAUCCUGGCAUCCUGCAACACAUGCUCCUAUCAGGGUCCGCUCUCCCGCUCAACCAUCAGCACCACUUGGUGGUGCUGUUCAUGGCGAUUCUAUCGUGCCUGGCCAAGGUUGUAUAAUGCCCCACCACUUAAUCCAGUUCGGAGGCCCAGAAGGCAGAGGAGGCUCAAAGGAUGAAGCCGAGACUCUGCUUCCUGCUUCUCCGUCUGAAGUUCCCUCCCCAACAGGGCACCCCCCAGAUCCUCACCCUUCCCCUCCCUCACUUCACCCACUCCCUACUCCAGCGCAGGAGCCAGAACACAGCAGCUUCUGGAUUCUACCUAACCCUAACCCGAGGCCAGAGACCCACUCCUGAGGGUCCUUCCAGCACCAGCUUGGAGGACAUCUCCACAGAGAGGCCACCAGAUCCCUACAACAGUCACACUGUCCCUCCCCCAAGAUACCUCCCCAGAGGCAUCUCCCAGAGUCACCCACUCCUUCCUGCCACCAUCCUCCUGUGCAGACAUCAAACCUCAUGCUGAACUGGUUUGAGGAGAACUGCAAGGCUAGCUAGUUCUGGAAUGCACCAGGAGCCAGCCUCGCUCUGAGGACAUCCCAGCAUGACUGGAUGACAAAACCUGUUUUUGUGUCCUGUUGUAGUCUCCGUGGCCAGAGCAUAAAGUCAUUCUACUCUUCUAGAAACAAAACAUAGAGCUCACUCUAUGCCAGGCUGG